CUUCGAUAGAGAUCUGCGGCUCCAUAAAUCUGCUCUGGCGCACUGUGGUGGAAGCGCGCCCACUCCGACGGACGAAGUAGUCCCAACGCCAGCCUGCUUCUACCUUCUCAAGUGUCACGAUCGAGCACGAGAGACUUCAAAAUUUCUCUAUUGUCUAUCAAGAUUUCUUAUCAUGGACAAGACCAAUCUUCGUGAGGCGCGUCUGAGAGCUCGAAAAUCUCUAGAUAGAGCCGGUAAACUCGAUUUCAAGCCUGUUUCUUCUGCAAAAUGGGUAGAUGUUGAGCGUAGCUGGACGGGGAAAAUUUACGUCCGCAUCAAACGACACUGUGCGCGACUGCACCCCAGAGAUGAUCCGUUGGUGGUUUGAAAACCUUGUACGACAGACUACCUGGGAUGGCAUUGGGUUUAACGGUCCUGAGAUCUCCUAUCACCUGUGGCAUCACCGCGAUCAUGUCUCAGUGGCUCCUCUUACCGGCAGUCACAACAAAGGUUUCGCGACCCACGAGAAGUCUCGAAUUACAGAACAGUUCAACGAUCACCAUAACAAAAUCGAAGUGGAUGUCUACACAGAACGCCUCGAUGACGAAGAGUUUAAUUUCUCAAUCAAGAAAUUCGGGUUUACCGCCGUCCAUCUCAAUCACUUUUACUCUGCUGAGGGUGAUGGCUCUCGAUGCUACGCUGAGAAUGUAGUUGGUUUGGAUGUCCCUCUCCUUGGGUGGCUUUUUAACUGGGUUAUUCUUCCCUUUAUAUAUUCGAAAAGGACCGCAGAGCAUUGGAUUCGUCACAAUGUGGAGGAGACAGGAAGGUCAGAAUAAAUUAUUCCGGUGUUGUACAAUUACGACAAGAA